UAGCCACAAUCGACUGGCACAAAUUGUUUAAACUCUCAUAAAACUAUUUUCGGGUCGAGCUCUGAAGUACAUACGAAACAAUAAAAUACUACGAACAUCGGGGAGCUCUACCACCGAUCAAAUAUUUGCAUCUACAACUGCGAGUCGCGAUAAAAAAAAAACUUCUUUGGUACUGUUUUGGCAGCCCUCGCAACACAAGCGCACACUUGCAAAAUUUGGAAAUUAACCCAAUUAUAAUUGAUUGGACAGCAAUAAUCUAAAUGAAAACUUUAAAAAUGGAUCAAAUGAACCCAAUUGACAACGAGAAUCCGCUGUAUUCGAAGUGCGAGAAAGCUAAAGAGACGGGAAUUUUGGGCCUUCUGCCUCCUCCCGCCUGCCGCUACGACAAAGUUCACGUGCGCGUGUGCAGCGUUUUGUGGCGCUUUCAAAUCUCAAACAUAGCCAUCUGACUGAUGUUCCUUCUGCUGUUUUCAACUUGAUAUCCCCGGCUGAGCUUAAGGAGUGUGACCUAAGCUUCAAUAUAUUGUUUGAUAUACCACCACAAUUGGCUUUGAAAUUCCAUUUACUUAUCUAUCUCAAUAUAUCCCACAAUUCGCUGUCGAUGCUACCCACAGAGCUGGUCAAUUUGCAAGCCUUGGAGACUCUUAAUAUAGCGGGCAAUUUCUUCAGUACAUUGCCCAGUGUGGUCUUCAAGUUACCUCAGUUGACCAAUUUUUAUGCUCAGGGCAACUUAAUUUCGAGUUUCAACAUAAAACAGCCAAUAGAGAGCGACCGCUUGGAUUUGGUUGACUUACGUUACAAUCCUCUGAAUCCCGACUUCCGUCGCUUGCUCAGGCAGAUAAAUACCACAUUCCGUUUGCUACUCAGUGCCGGAGAUGCGGAAGACUACGACUUCGAAGACGAUAUUGAUUUCGAUUUAUUGUAAGAAUCUGUACAUCUGUGCAGAACACCUACACUGAGGUAGGACUGUGCCUUGUCGUCCCCAAAACAACAAAAAAGAAGAAACAAUAACUUUUAAUUUAAUUUAUGCUGCGAAUGCUUGAUGCGAAUAAACUAAUUAAACGAUAAGUCCAUAUUUUAG